UAAUCUACCAAAAUGGUUUUAAAGAAGAAGAAAGAAAUUCAGGUUGAUAGCUUUGUUCUUGAAUACCAACAGCUUGAAAGACUUCGCUCUUUUGCAGAUGGUGAAGGACAAAACCUGGCUUCUCUAUUAUUGCAGUGUGCACAGUUGACGGAUGGCAUUCAGCAAAUUAAUUUGAUCAAACAGAUUGUGCCUUUACUGGAAAAGAUGGACUCCAAGUCUUCAUGUAAUAACAUGGUUAAAAGUUGUUUAGAUAUUUUGGGGAUAACAUUCUUAUCUUUGGAUAUAAAGAACCCUUUGAAAAAAGUUCUAGCAAGUUGCCUGAAUGACCUUCCAGAACUGCUUGUAGCAGAAGCUACAGAUAGUUUUGUUGUCUGCCUUAAAGAAGAAUUAGCAGCUACAAACUUCUCCUGCAUUAGAAAAACUAUAGAUAAUCUUGCUUCUUGUGUGGAACUUAUAAAUAUAGGUAAAUCAAGUGUGACUAUACUAUUCAAAGAAGCUCUUCAAUUCCUGUUGAAAUCUGUACUUAAAAUACAAGAAGAAAGUCGGAAAUUCAGUGGAAAUCACAUUGCUCAAACUCGGUUGAUGCAUGAUUUGCUUAUGGGAAUUAAAGUUUCCAUGACAUUGAUCCAGAAAGUUCUGGAAAAUAUACAAAGAUGUUUUUGGAAGAAAUUGGAUUCUCCCAUUUGGCAAUGUAUGUGCGGACUUCUGAACAACUUUAUAUGCUUCUUAAACAAUGAAGACCUUCUGCAAACAGUCCAGACUUCAGCGGGAUUGGCUGUUGUUCUUUUUAUUAAGACUAUGUUUGAACCUGUUGAGAGGUUACCUUGCUUGAUCAGUGACUUGAUUUGUGGCUUAUUAAAUUGUUCUGAUGUGCCAAAGUGGUUUGUGGUCAGCUGUGGUGGUCUUUGUACUGCUGAACUUUCUGACUCAGUCCUCCUUUUUCUUUGCCAUGGAGCACUUGCUAUGUUAGAUUGGAAAGAUCACAGCAUGGAAGAGAAUGCAGAGAAACUACUCUUGGAUAUAGCCUCUGUUUUGUUGACCUUAAGCACACGGUUAAAAGAGUCUGUAAUGGCAGCAUCUCUAUCCAGAAUUCUAGCUAUUUGGACCAAUGUAGCAAUGGAUUGUCUUCAAUCAAGUUCAAGAACUCUGAAGUUCAAUCUCAAUGGAAACUCGGAAAUCAUUGGUAAAAUGUUGGACUAUGUAUACGCACAUUGGGAACAUCCACUAGAUGCAGUUAGGCACCAGACCAAACUAAUAUUUAAAAAUCUGCUUCAAAUACAUCAGACUGCUGUGAAAGAAUCCAUAAUAAAACCAGACCCUUUCUUCUCAGAAUUAACUGAAAGCCUGCUAGGUUUAGAAUGGCAUGUUAAAGGCAAAUACUCAUCACUUGGAUAUCUUGUGGAGUGUAUUGGCAUUGAAAAUCUUUUGGAAAUUGACAGAACAAUCCCUGUACAAAUCUUGGGUGUAAUGAAUGAUCAGUCUUUUGCACCUUAUGCAAGUGAUUUAUUGGAAAUCAUGUUUGUGAAUCACAAGAGGCAUCUUAUAUCCACUUUGGAAAGAAGCACUUGGAUUGAUAGUUGGCAUGAGACAUGGGUUUCUCCUCUGCUUUUGAUCUUAUGUGAUGGAAAUCCAGAACAAGCCACCUACGUAACAGAUUAUUACUUACCAAAAUUGCUAAAAUGUAGCCCAGAAAGUUUGAACUACAUGAUUAAAAUCCUUCAAAUUUCAACAGAGUCUAACAUUGGAUCUUUCAAAACCAGAGGCGCUCUUGGAGCCCUGAUGGCAUGCUUGAGAACGGCCAGGGCUCAUGGGCACUUGCAGUUUGCAAUCAUACUACAAGACGGCCUUGUGCCUGUGAGCUAUAUAAAACAAGGUUUGGUUCACCAACACGAUGAGGUCCGAAUAGAUGCGUUGGGUUUACUAUGUGAAAGUCACCGUAGCACAGAAGUAAUUUCCAUAGAAGAAAUGCAACUGAUACAGUUUUUUAUUAGAUACAACUUGAACAACCAAUCAGCAGCAGUGAGGCAGCAGAUUUGUUCCUUACUGAAAAAGCUCUUCUUCCGGAUACAUGAAAGCUCCCAGACAAUUCAUAAAAUGCAGCAAUUGAAGUCUAAACAAGGUCUAAUUAAUCAAACACUUAUAUGGGAUCCACCUACAACUUUGCAACAGUAUCAAGAUUUCAUCUCUUCCAUCUGCAGUAUACUUUUUGAAUCCUUGUUUCCUGGUUCAUCCCAUUCAAGCAGAUUUACUGCACUGACUCUUUUGGGAACAAUAGCUGACAUAUUUCCUAAUUCAGAAGGCCAAAGUCAAGAAUUAUUCCAAAUAACCCAAGAAGUGGACAGUUCUCAUGCCGAAAGUUUGUUGCACUGUUUUGCCAGCACUUUUAACGAAGUAAAGACCUUGGCAUUUGAUCUGCUAAUGAAACUUCAUCCUUUCUUGCCUUAUUUUCAGGAUCCUGAAAAACUACAGCCAUUGUUUCAGGUAGCUAUGCAGCUCAGCCAAAGUUCCAAGCCAUAUGAUUGUGUGACUGCUUCCUAUUUACUGAACUUCUUAAUACAUCAAAAAGGAUUGUUGAAGAUUUUUUCAGAAAAUUAUCAACCUCUGGGCAUGUUUCAGCCAAAUGAAGAUCUACUUGCCGACUCGUUAGAGAAGAACACUUUAUUCGUUAUCAAGUACUUGUUGGAAAAUCUUGAAAGAGAAAUAUUGCAAGCUGAGAGGUCUUUACUCCAUGCAGCUGCUUCAUUCCCAAUGUAUGGCAGAGUACAUUGUAUAACUGGGGCUUUGUGUCAAUUAAAUCAUAUGACAUUGACCAGUGAAUGGAAGGAAGUAGUGAGAAAACUUAUUCUGAUGUCCUACAAACUUUCUGCUGUAGUAUCUCCUGUAGUUCAGAGUUCAUCUCCAGAAGGUCUUAUUCCAAUGGAUACUGACUUGGAAACAUCAGAGAGAUUGCAGUCUAUUCUACUUGAGAUACAGCCAUGUGAUACAAAUGAUUACUUCACAGAAGCAAAAUUGUUAAAAGAAUAUUACGGACCAGACUGUGGUGAUGGGAGAGCUCCAAACGUUUGUACUGAAAUUAAAGGUAAAGAACAACAUACAAAUGAUGUCACAGCUCAAAUGGUGUUGGUAUGUUGCUGGCGAAGCAUGAAGGAGGUUUCAUUACUUCUAGGGAAGUUAUGUCAGCUUCUACCUGAACAGAUUCUUCCUAGUUGUUCAGAUGCACUGAUAACAGUGGAUCAGGUAAAAGAUAUUGGGGAAUAUUUCAAGAAUCAUCUCUUAAAGUCAAGACAUAGAGGAGCAUUUGAGCUAGCUUAUGCUGGCUUUGUAAAACUUACUGAAGUAUUCUCAAG